GUUGUUUUAGAGCAGUUCAAACGCACGUCCGUCAUGCAGGCACACUGAACACAGUCUGUGAAGAUGGAAACAAUAUCCAAUUUUAAUUAUUUUUCUGUUCAGACGAAGAUCGCUUUGAUGAAGUUGAAUAAGUGAGGAAUGGACGAUGCAGAUGAAUCAAGGUCUCUUCUGGAUUCAGAGAAUGGAGGGCAGACUGAAGAGAAGUUGGAGCAGGACAUGUACUUUGAAAAUGUUUGCAACCGGAAGCUGUACCUGGCCACAUUUUCAGCGGUUCUGGGCCCUUUAAGUUUUGGAUUUGUCCUUGGGUACUGCUCACCUGCAAUCCCGGACCUGUGUAAGAUAAACAACCCCCAGCUUCAGUUGGAUGCUGAUCAGGCCUCGUGGUUUGGGUCUGUGGUGACUUUAGGUGCGGCACUGGGAGGUGUGGUGGGUGGCUGGAUAGUGGAAAAAAUUGGACGGAAACUAAGCCUGAUGUUCUGCUCCAUGCCCUUCAUCUUUGGUUUUGCCAUCAUCAUCGGGGCUCAGAAUGUGUGGAUGCUGCACGCGGGGAGAGUCCUCACUGGAGUGGCCAGUGGAGUCACAUCGCUGGUGGUGCCUCUCUACAUUUCUGAGAUAUCCCAUGCUCGUGUCCGGGGGACAAUUGGCACAUGUGUGCAGCUCAUGGUGGUGUCAGGGAUAAUGGGAGCAUAUGCAGCAGGUCUGGCUCUGGACUGGCGCUGGUUGGCAGUGACCUGUUCUGUGCCACCCAGCCUCAUGUUGGUGUUGAUGUGCUUCAUGCCCGAGACACCGCGGUUCCUCCUGUCACGAGGCCGGCGACGGGAGGCUGAGGAGGCCCUGCGCUUCCUCCGGGGGCCCAACGCCUCUGUGGAAUGGGAGUGUGACCAGAUAGUGGGGGCGUCCCGGGAGCAGGGACACAACCUUCAGCUAUCUGACCUUUGGGACCCGGGGGUCUACAGACCUUUGGCAGUGGGUGUCCUGAUGAUGCUCUACCAGCAAUUCACAGGCAUAAAUGCCAUCAUGUUCUACGCUGAGACUAUCUUCGAGGACGCCAAUUUUCCGAGGAGUGAUGUUGCCACAGUGAUUGUAGCAGUAGUCCAGGUGGUCUUCACGGCUGUGGCAGCGAUGGUCAUGGAUCGGGCUGGGAGGAAGGUUCUCCUCAUCCUGUCAGGGGUUGCCAUGUCAGUCAGUACAGGAGUAUUUGGUGUUUACUUCAAAUUGACGAGCUCAAUAUCUGCAAAUUCCUCUGAUCCAAAAUAUCUGGUUCUGGCCCAAGACCUGGAGCUACAUGACCAGCAUGAGCUGUCGUGGAUCGCCCUUGCCAGCAUGGGUCUCUUCAUCGCAGGAUUUGCCCUGGGCUGGGGCCCCACCCCUUGGCUGGUGAUGUCAGAGAUCUUCCCUGUGCAGGCACGAGGAUUGGCCAGUGCUAUCUGUGUCUUUAUCAACUGGACAGCUGCUUUCAUCGUCACCAAGACAUUCCAGGACCUUAUGGACUUGCUUGGGAGUGCUGGGAUCUUCUGGCUGUUUUCAAGUCUCUGUGCCCUGAAUGUCCUCUUCACCAUCUUCUGUGUCCCAGAGACCAAGGGCAAAACUCUGGAGCAGAUCCAUGCCCAUUUCAAAGGAACUGACUAGAUGUCUGCUAUAAAUAUUAGUAAUAUUAUAGCCAGUAGAUUUUUGCAUUUUAUUCAUUUUUUAUUCAUUUCUUAAUUUUCAAUGAAAACAAUCAGUAAGAAACUGGCUGUCAUGUUUUGGUCAUAUGAGAAGUGAACUUUUUUGUGAUUCUUUUUCUCCUGGCCAUGAUAAUUGUGAGAUUGGUACUUCUAGAGGGAUUGACUACCCCCUGCUUUCCCAGUGCAGGCAGGAUUAUGGCUCUGUUCAAUUUAUGAAAAAUCUUUACACUUGCAAAACCGCAUAUUGUUCUAGAGUAGUUUAUAUGUGUUUGUGUGGUUGUUUUGUAAUAGAAUUGUGCAGUUUGUAUGCGUGUAAGCACAAACAAGUUAUCCAUGAUUGAUUUGAGUCACUGUUGACCAUAAUUAGCAGGGCUUGACAUUAAGCUUGCUCAGGUAUAGACAGGCUCCGUUGCUGUGCAAGCAAAGCAAUGCAAAUGCAAUGUUGCCAGAUCGGACAACUGCCCUUAGGCAUUCCACUUGCCCGAACACAGAGUUUAGUUGCCCCAGGCAACAGGGCAAGUGUUAUUGUCAAGGCAUGAUUAUAAUACGUCAGUAUAUAUUAGGGUCCAGGAGGUACGAGCUCGCCAACCAGGGUGCUCCCAGUUUGCCUUGAUUCCCUAAGUCAGCCACUUGGCGAAAUAACUUUUUAAAUUAUUCAAGCCCUGUGUUGGUUGACUAGCGAACGAUGUUAGCGUUUAAUAAAACAUGUGCAUGUACAGUACUGUGCAAAACUUUUAGGCAGGUGUGGGAAAAAAUGCUAUAAAGUAGGAAUGCUUUCGUGAAUGCUAGAAAUGUUAAUAGUUUAUUUUUUAUCAAUUAACAAAAUGCAAAGUGAGUGAACAGAAGAAAAAUCUAAAUCAAAUCAAUAUUUGGUGUUACUAUUCUUCUAGGUACACUUGCACAAAGUUAGGGAUUUUGUAGGCAUAUACUCUGGUGUGUGAUUAACCAAUUAUACCAAACAGGAGCAAAUGAUAAUCAAUUUAAUAUGUAGCUUGAAACACAAUCAUUAACUGAAACAGAAACAGCUGUGUAGGAGGGUUAAAACUGGGUGAGGAACAGCCAAACUCUGCUUCCAAGGUGAGGUUGCUGAAGACAGUUUAAUGUCAGAAGUCAUAUACCAUGGCAAGACUAAGCACAGCAACAAGACACAAGGUAGUUAUACUGCAUCAGCAAGGUCUCUCCCAGGCAGAAAUUUCAAGGCAGACAGGGGUUUCCAGAUGUGCUAUCUAAGCUCUGUUGAAGAAGCACAAAGAAAUGGGCAAUGUUGAAGACCAUAGACGCAGUGGUGAUACUUAGUGCAGCAGAUGAAAGACACAUCAUCAUGCUUACUUCCCUUCACAAUCGGAAGAUGUCCAGCCGUGCCAUCAGCUCAGAAUUGGCAGAAACCAGUGGGACCCAGGUACACCCAUCUACUUUGCGGAGAAGGUCAGAAGUGGUCUUCAUGGAAGAAUUGCAGCCAAAAAGCCAUACCUCCGACGUGGAAACAAGGCCAAGCAACUCAACUAUGCAUGAAAACACAGAAACUGGGGUGCAGAAAAAUGGCAGCAGUUUCUCUGGACUGAUGAGUCAAAAUGUGAAAUAUUGGCUUUAGCAGAAGGCAGUUUGUUCGCCAAAGAGCUGGAGACUGGUACAAGAAUGAGUGUCUGCAGGCAACAGUGAAGCAUGGCGGAGGUUCCUUGCAAGUUUGGGGCUGCAUUUCUGCAAAUGGAGUUGGGGAUUUGGUCAGAAUUAAUGGUCUCCUCAAUGCUGAGAAGUACAGACAGAUACUUAUCCAUCAUGCAGUACCAUCAGGGAGGCAUCUAAUUUGCCCCAAAUUUAUUCUGCAGCAGGAACAACCCCAAACAUACAGCCAAUGUCAUUAAGAACUAUCUUCAGCGUAAAGAAGAACAAGGAGUCCUGGAAGUGAUGGUAUGGUCCCCACAGAGCCCUGAUCUCAACAUCGAGUAUGUCUGGGAUUACAUGAAGAGACAGAAGUAUUUGAGGCUGCCUAAAUCCACAGAAGAACUAUGGCUAGUUCUCCAAGAUGUUUGGAACAACCUCCCUGCCGUGUUCCUUCAAAAACUGUGCAAGUAUACCUAGAGGAUUUUUCUUCUGCUCAUUCUCUUCUUCUGUUCUUGAAAUUUUGUUAAUUGAUAAAAAUAAACUAUCAACAUUUCUAUUUUUGAAAGCAUUCUUAUUUUACAGCAUUUUUUCAAACAGUGUACUGACUCAAACUUUACAACAGGAAACAUUACAUACUUCGGUCUAAACCUC